AUUUACUGAAUAAUAGAAUUUGCGUGGGAGAUUUAUCUUCACAAGGUCGUGCCCAAUGUUAACCCUCAUACUUUCGUUUUUAUUGUCGCCAGUUUCAGCUUUAGAUAUCUCUGGUUACACGCUUGAACAUAGGUUCAGGGAGAAUGGGGCUUUCAGUCAAAUGGAUGGAACUUCGAUUAAAUCAUCAUCUGGAGUUCUAACUUUAGUUUCCGGGGGUCACGUCUUUUCAACUGAUGAAAAACAGCAGCUGCAGGAGUCUGCAAGGGCCGGGUACAUGUAUAGCGUUCGUAUGCCUGUUAAAAAUGAAGAAUAUAUUGAAGCUUCGAUUCGUUCGUGCCAAAUUAUUGCCUCUAGGAUGAGAUUAAAGCUCACAGUUAGCGUUAAUGACGCCGGGGACCCAAUUGCAAUACAUAUGAGCACUCCGAAGUACGAUUGCUCAUAUGACAUUUCUGACAGUUUUAUGAACCUCCCGGAUUUAUCUAUCAGUUUAGCAUUGCAAAAACCAAAAUUAGGACCAAGUCCUGAAACUGCAAAGUAUCUAGAGAAACUCGAGAAGCAACGCGAAGAAAUGGCUCGUGCUGAGCAAAGUGACAAUCGUUCUUUCUUUGCUAAAUAUUGGACCUAUAUUAUUCCAGCAGUUUUCUUAUUCAUUCUGUUCUCCAGUAUGCAAGAUCCUAAUGCAGCUGGAGGAAAUAUUGGGGGUGGUAAUCAGCAGUAGACGAAAACUUAAUAGAUAUCAAUCCAUAAUACUGUUUAAGUAUUUUGUAAAUUAUAUUUGGUUUUAACGAUACUUGUAUGUUUAUUUUAUAUGUUAUUUUUCAUUUUGUUGAUAAUGAAUUCUAAUUUGGAA